AUGCCAAUGGUACUCCAACAAACGCGCUACUACCAGCCCUACUUCCUCGAAGACCGCUCCGGGCGCCUCUCCGGCUCCGAAUUCAACGACAUCCACGAACGCCUCAAGUUCUCCUACCGCUGCUCUCGGCGUUCCUCCACCCUUUGUCAGUACACGAUCUUCGAAACGACGAGCCCCCGAGAAGACGCGUGCACGACCCCGGUUUCGGUUCUCGAGUAUGGUCCUAAUAAUACGCUUGGACUCGUGUAUUAUGGGAUGAAACCGCAGAGCAUGGCGCGGUAUUUGGUCAAGGUGGACCCGGAGGGGAGCUCGAGACACCGCAAGUUCGUCGCUCAAGACGGACGAACGUACAUUUGGUCCUACCGAACACACGAAGACCACGAAUGGACUUGCGUCGACUCCUCAGGCUCUGUCGUCGCCUUCUACCACCUCAAACUCGCCGGCGAACCAAGCUAUCCCAACUCUUCAGGGUGCAUGCUAACCGUCGAGGAAGCCUACGGGGAUUACGCCUACGAAUUCCUCACGUCUUGUCUCAUCAUGCGACACAUCGCCGAGCACAAUCUGUAA